CCGUUUAAAAGAGAAACCACUUGGGUCCAGUCAAAAUGAUGAAUUUCGAAGUAAGCACAACAAAACAAAUCGGAGUGGGGUUAACGACGUUCGGCUUCUUUUUCAUAUUUCUCGGAGUGCUGAUGUUCCUUGAUUCUGCUCUUUUAGCUAUCGGAAAUCUUCUAUUCAUUGUUGGAAUCACAUUUAUUAUCGGCGUGCAGCGAACACUUGUUUUCUUCUUCGAAUUCCGAAAACUGAAAGGAAGCAUUCUCUUCUUCGGAGGGAUUUUGGUAGUUCUAUUUGGGUACCCAUUGUUCGGAAUGAUUGCCGAGUGUUGGGGAUUUAUUGUCCUUUUCGGUGGUUUCCUGCCUGGAAUUGUCAAUUUGCUCAGAAGUAUCCCCGGAAUCUCAACAAUCACAUAUCUUCCUGGAAUCCGACAGGUCCUCGAUCGCCUUGCUCCAGAAUCCAAGUACCCCGUCUGAAAAGUUCAGGAUCUUCCCAAAAAUCUCACCAAAAAUGGGUUCUAUUUUCUUUUUUGUUGAAAAUAUUUUCUCCUGUGUUGUCCCUUCUCCUCUCAUAUCACGUUCGGUUCAACUACGAUUUCGGCCAAAAUGCACAUUUUCUGUGUAAUAUUAUUCAAUUUUAAUUUAUUUAUUAUUAAAAAUUUUAAAUUUUAUCUCAUUUCUAAAAUAUCCCUCAGCCUUUGUUGUAUAAUACGCUUUCAUUUUCUUCUGUUCCUAGGUGAAAAAUGUGAUUAUAAUUAUUUAUUAGAUUCCCUUUUUUCCUUUUCUUGUGUUCUGACUCGAUAUCCAUUACAUGACUCAUUUCGAUCAAAAAAAAUGAUGUUCUA